AUGUAUCGUUUGAAAUAUUCACUAUGUGUCUUAAGUUUUGAACAUUUCAUAAUCCUUCCAGCUGACUGCAAUUUAUUCUUUCAGAAUGCUAACCUUGGUACAAUAUUAGGAGUGUAUCUACCAUGUAUUCAGAAUAUAUUUGGUGUGAUAUAUUUUGUAAGGUUGGCAUGGAUUGUUGGUAUGGCUGGCUCUUUAGAAGCUUUCACUAUUGUUCUCAUCUGCUGUUUUGUGAGUUUAUUAACAUCCUUCUCUAUGAGUGCUAUAGCCACUAAUGGUGUAGUGACUGGUGGUGGAACCUAUUUCAUGAUCUCCAGAGCUCUAGGACCAGAAUUUGGUGGAGCUGUAGGAAUACUCUUCUAUUCUGGUCUCUCUAUAUCAGUAGCCAUGUAUCUAAUUGGUUCUGUGGAGAUUCUACUGACCUACAUGGCACCAAUGAUGUCGUUGUUUGGAGAUACUACAGUGUUAGCUAAUCAACACAAUAAUUUCCGUGUUUAUGGCUCUAUAUUAUUAUUUCUAUUGGGUGUAGUGGUAUUUGUUGGAGUGAAAUUUGUAUCUAAAGUGUCCACAUUAACACUGUGUUGUGUUAUAAUUUCAAUUGUUAGCAUCUUUCUUGGCUUCUUUACAUCAAAUACAGAUAAUAGUGUCAAAUUAUGUAUGUUAGGGGAUAGAUUAUUAAGCUAUGAUAAGGUAAAUGUUAAUGGAGUGGUAAUAUGUAGUAAAAAUGAAAGUGGACCUAUAUAUAAUAAUUAUUGUCAUCUGGUGAACAAUACUAUGGUCUGUGAUGAUUAUUUUAUUAAUAAUCCUACUCAAAUGAUAGCUGGUACACCAGGACUUAUUAGUGGUGUUUUCUUUGAUAAUCUAUGGGAGAAAUAUUCAGUAGCUGAUAAAAUUAUUGGUACUGAUAUACCUGGUGAUAGAAAUAGGGGUGAAAUAUUGACAGAUAUUACAACUAGUUUUAUGAUAUUAUUAGCUAUAUACUUCCCUUCUAUUACAGGGUUUGAACAAGGAGCCAAUUACUCUGGUGAUUUAGCAGAUGCUCAAAGAUCUAUACCAGUUGGUACUAUGUGGGCGGUUGUUUCUACCUCAAUUAUUUACUUAUCAACUGUUUUAUUUUUUGGUGGAACUGUUCAUGGAAGUUUUCUACGAGAUAAGUUUGGUGAGAGUAUUGGUGGUGAAUUAUUAAUAUCAAAAUUAGCCUGGCCUAGUAAAUGGCUGAUUCUUGUUGGCUCGUUCCAAUCUACAGUUGGUGCUGGGCUUCAAGCUUUAACAGGUGCACCAAGACUACUUCAAGCUAUAGCUAAAGAUAAUGUGAUACCAUUUCUACAGAUAUUUAGAGUAACAGCUAAAAAUGGUGAACCUGUUCGUGGCUUGGUAUUGACAUUGGUUAUAGCUGAAAUUGGAAUUCUUAUAGCACGUCUGGAUUAUGUAGCACCAAUAGUAACCAUGUUUUUUUUGUUAUGUUAUGGUUUUAUUAACAUGGCUUGUGCUUUACAGACAUUGCUACGAACUCCACACUGGCGACCACGAUAUAGUUACUAUCAUUGGACUCUAUCAUUACUAGGUGUAUCAUUAUGUUUAUCAUUAAUGUUCAUAUCAAGUUGGUAUUAUUCUUUAGCUGCUCUAUUUUUGGCUUUUGCUGUUUAUAAAUACAUUGAAUUUAAAGGAGCUGAGAAAGAGUGGGGAGAUGGUAUGAAAGGUCUGUCAGUAGCUGCUGCUAGAUAUGCUUUAUUAAGAUUAAGAGGUGAAAGUAAACAUACCAAGAAUUGGAGGCAAUUUUUAAUUCUGAUGAAACCAGAUAUAGCUCUGUUUCCAGCUCAUCCUCAGAUGCUGAAACUAGCUGCUCAGUUAAAAGCUGGUAAGGGAAUAACACUAGUAAAUACAGUUAUAGAAGGGAAUUUCACUGAUAAAAUAGUUGAAAGUAAAGCAACUAUGAAGAUUUUAAAUGACUAUAUUGAAAGAUUUGGUGUAGAAGGUUUUGCUGAAGUUGUAUGUUCUGAAGAUCUUGUUCAAGGUAUCAGUCAUAGCAUUCAGACAGCUGGUUUGGGUAAAUUGAGACAUAAUACUGUUAUGAUUGGUUGGCCGUCUGGUGUUACUGAAGAUCCUGAAAAAUCAUAUCGCUUUCUUAGUAUUCUACAGUCUGUAACAGCAGCUGAUUUAUCAUUGAUAAUAAUGAAGGGUACAGACAAGUACCCUGAUGUUGCAGAGAAACUUUACGGUACUAUUGAUGUAUGGUGGAUAGUUCAUAUCCUUUUAAAUGAUGGAGGAAUGUUAUUACUAUUAGCCUUUUUAUUGGCCCAGAAUUAUACCUGGAAAAACUGUAAACUACGAAUAUUCACUAUAGCUCAAUUAGAAGAUAACAGUGUCCAGUUGAAACAAGACUUAGAAAAAUAUCUCUAUCAAUUAAGAAUAAAGGCUUCUGUUAUAGUUGUGGAAAUGAAUGAUCAAGAUAUAUCAGCAUAUGUUGCCAACAGAACUCUUCAGAUGGAACAAAGAUUAGAAUUAAUAAAAAAUUUGAAACCUAAAGAUUCUGCAGUAAAAGACAUUGCAUUAGCAGGUAGAAAAUCUGCUGUUGAUGUUCCAUCUAGAGAGAGAAUUCAAUAUACCCAUAGUAAUAUUAAUCAGAUAAAACGUGAAAUUAAACCUAAGAAUGGCACAAAACCAGAUGAAAUGGAUGUACGUAAGAUGCAUACAGCUAUAGAAUUAAAUAAACAUAUUCAAUCACUAUCUUCAACGGCUCAAUUACUCAUAGUUAAUAUGCCACAAUUUCCUACUAAAACAGAAAAUGUUGAGAAUUAUAUGACAUUUUUAGAAUUGCUAGUUGAAGGUAUAGAUAGAGUAUUGUUAGUUCGUGGAAGUGGACAAGAAGUUAUCACAAUUUACUCAUAA